AUGUGGAAGAUUUUUGCUAAAAAGCGCGUAGCUUACACAAGUAUAGCAGUUGUUGUUGGCAGUGCAUCCGCCUACUAUUUCUAUCCAGGCGCCCCAAGGAGAAUUCGACAGCAACGAGCACAUAGUUUAUCUAUUAUCAAGCCACAGUUUUUAAUGUCAGAGACAUAUGCAGACGCGUAUAAUCAAGCUCAAUCAGACACUCCAUCAGAUAAUGAACUGCAUACUUUAUGGGUCCCGCCUUCAAGAAAGGAAAUGUUGAACAUUCUCAAAAGUUCAAGCAUGGGAGGUCCACUAGAAAAAGAUAAGGAUGUGAAAGAACCACCAUUUGAUCUAUUAAUUAUAGGCGGUGGUGCUACUGGUACGGGCACGGCUCUCGAUGCUGCAACAAGAGGAUUAAAAGUUGCAUUGGUAGAAAGGGAUGACUUCUCUGCUGGGACUUCUUCGCGGUCGACAAAACUUGUUCAUGGAGGUGUUCGAUACCUUGAGAAAGCAUUUAAAGAACUCGACUAUGGGCAAUACAAGCUUGUGAAAGAAGCUCUUCAUGAACGUGCCACUUUUUUGCAUAUUGCCCCUUAUUUAAGUUAUCCAUUGCCUAUCCUGUUGCCCAUUUACAAGUGGUGGCAAGUUCCAUAUUUCUGGGUUGGUUCAAAAGUUUACGAUUUCCUUGCAGGCCGCGAAUCUAUGGAAAGCUCACAUUUCUUGUCUAGUAGUAAGGCAAUUGAAGCUUUCCCGUGGUUAAAAAAGGAGAAACUCGUUGGUGCUAUGGUAUAUUAUGACG